AUGGAUUUUGCUUCAAGGUAUAAAAAUUAUACUGAUUUUACGAUAUUUACAAAAAUGAUCGUAGCUUUUUCAUUUGUUUCAAUUGAAGAUUUAGAUGCCACUAUAGAACAGUAAGGAAAUGAUUUAUCAAAAUGCUUACAACUUUUACUUGACUGGUUUGAGAACAGUUAUGUUGGGAGAGUUAAUAGAAAUGGAAGAGGUCGUUGGACAGUACUAUUUCCACCACACAUUUGGAAUUUACACCUACGAGUUUUAAAUGGCCAAAAUAGGCCUAACAACCAUGUUGAAGCAGCUAAUAAAUGGUUAAAUGUCGAAAUGGAAGUUCAACAUCCUAGUUUGUGGUCUUUUAUCAAUUGCUUGUGA